AUGAGAGAUAGGGUGAUCAUGGUCGGCAUGAGCCGUCUUCCUUCUCCUCUGUUUUUGUCGUUUAGUGAGCACAACGUGAAGGAGAAGAGAAUUGGAGGGGAUUUCGGUGUUGUGAGCUCAAUCCAAGGCCGUUCAUUGUCUAUUGGAGGCUUGGGUUCGUGUGGCGGCUGCUGCGUGGUGGUUUUGGCGGUGUUCUUCGUCGAUUUCGUUGUGCUUCUUCAUCUCCCUUCGUUUUCCCCUUGUUAA